CCGGGCGCGUCAAUGCGCACUGGAGACUGGAGACGGAGCAAGGGCACCCAAACCAUCCGCCUCAUGUACAGACACAGAGCCUUUUACCCCCCUCGAGAACACUCGUCUGCUCGCUUUCUUCCACACUCAGACACGGAAACUUCGUGUGAGAUACGAGGUUUGGAUUAUUUUAUCUGAAGGGAAUCGUCUACUAAAAUAGGUUACAAGGAUUGGUGCGUGGACUCAACCCGAGGGUCUCUCUCUCUCUCUCUUCCUCUCUCUCUCUCUCUUGCUUUCUCUCGGGCUCUCAAACGCAACUCAACUCGGGUGAGAGAUUCAGUCCUGGAUUUGCUCCCUGGCUCUUUGGACGCCAGCAGACCACAUCCUUUGCAGACGAGUGGCAUCUUUAGACGAUAACGGAUAAGAAAGAGCGUCCGUAAGCCUGGUGAAGAGCCCUACUCCGUGCAGUCGGAUCGAGGAUUUUGAGGAUUAAUACUCUUGAAGACACAGACGAGCUUCGAUUUUCAUGGGAUGAUUGAGAUAGCGUUUAGGCUUAAUUAGGCCCCAUUUUGUCUAAUUUCCACUGCAGUUGUGGACAGGAGAAUGUUUUGACUGUAUGCGCUGAAAAACGGCACGGAGCGCGUUUUAAAGGGGUCAGUUCACGGCGCUAGGCUGCACAUCACCAAGUCAAUUAUUGUAACACGUUCAGGCUACAUGCUGCCGUCUUGUAGCAGAUUUCCCCUGCCGCUACAGAGGUGUAAGCUCCAAGAUUCGUCGUUAUAGGCUACUCUUAAACGCCUGGAGGUGAUGGUUGUUUAUCCCCGGAGGACAAUCUGACUGUCCCGUGAAACUCGACUGCUUUUCGUGGAUCAAGUGUGCAGGAGACGGCAACAGAGACUGGCGUAUGCUACAGAUUUCCUCUGCUUAUCCAGCUCCCAGUUUUUCCACCGUAUUUUCUCAGGCUGCUUGUCAUUGCCUGGACUCGGAUCCCGGAAUCUUCAUGAUUUGCGGACACCAUGCUCGUUUUUUAGCCGGGAAACCCUCUUUUCGUCCCGCAUGUUUAGGACCAAACGAUCGGGGCUCGUCCGGCGACUCUGGAGGAGCCGUGCGCCCGUGGAGGGCGACGGGGAGGCGGAUAGAGGGACGCAUGGCUCCGGGGGCUGCUGCAUGGGCAAAACGACAAAGGUGGCCAAGUCCAACGCCGGGUCGGAAGCUGAAUUGAAGGCGUUGACCCACUCGAUACUUAAAAAGAUCAAAGAGAAACAAUUAGAGGUGCUUUUGCAGGCGGUGGAGUCCAAGGGGGGCGCCCGAAGCCCCUGCUUGCUCCUGCCCAGCAAAGUGGACGCCAAAGUGGGUCAACAGUCUUACUCUCUCCCCAUGCUGCUCUACAAAGUGUUCAGGUGGCCGGACCUCAGGCAUUCCUCGGAGCUGAAGAGGCUGUCUUGCUGUGAAUCCUACGGGAAAAUCAACCCAGAGCUCGUUUGCUGCAACCCGCACCACAUGAGCAGACUUUGUGAACUCGAGUCCCCUCCUCCUCCAUAUUCGCGCUAUCCCAUGGACUAUCUUAAACCACCAGAUUCUCCAGACUCUGGACCUUCAUCCAGUGAUACUGGGGGAACAACAUACUCGGCCCCUGUGGGGCUUUCAGAUUCCCUGGCUUUGCAGGAGUCUGGCGAUCGGGCCCAUUGGUGCGUGGUGGCAUACUGGGAGGAGAAGACACGCGUCGGGCGCCUCUACUCGGUCCAGGAGCCCUCUCUGGACAUCUUCUAUGAUCUACCUCAGGGGAACGGCUUCUGCCUGGGCCAGCUCUGCUCUGACAACAAGUCCCAGCUGGUGCAGAUGGUGCGGACCAAGAUCGGCUAUGGCAUCCAGCUGACACGUGAGCCAGACGGGGUGUGGGUCUACAACCGCAGCUGCUACCCCAUCUUCAUUAAGUCGGCCACACUGGACAACCCGGACUCGCGCACGUUGCUGGUGCACAAGGUGUUCCCCGGAUUCUCCAUUAAAGCUUUUGACUAUGACAAGGCCGGUAGCCUGCAGAGGCCAAACGACCACGAGUUCACGCAACAGCCUCGCACGGGCUUCACGGUGCAGAUAAGCUUUGUGAAAGGCUGGGGACAGUGCUACACCAGACAGUUCAUCAGUAGCUGCCCGUGCUGGUUGGAAGUCAUUUUCAACACCCGAUAGCAGCAGCCUUCACCCUCGUCGCCUCCUCUGCCCUCUCUUAAACAGACUACACCCACUUUCCAUUUUUUUGUUCCAGAGGUUCAGAGGAAAAAAAAAAAAAAACGUUUUAAAA